GGGGGAGCUUGGUUGGAGCGGUCGAGGGCGGUGGGCCGUGACCCCCCCGUGACCCCGGGGGUGACCCCCCCCCCCGGACCCCUGCUCGGCCCGCACCAGGCCACUUAACUCCUCUGGGCCUCAGUGACCUCAUCUGGAAAAUGGGGAUGAAGACUUUGCGCUCCCCCCUUGGGACAAGCUACUGACCUCGAAUCUCUCCGAACGCUUAGAAGAGUGCUUAGCUCAUAGUAUUUGGUUCUUCAGUCCCUGGAGGAAGAAGAGAGGGGACGAAUGGAGGUGACAUUCGAGGACGUGGCCAUCUUCCUGACCCGCCGGGAAUGGGAGAGCUUGGCAGGCACUCAGAAGAAGCUCUAUACGACCGUCAUGUUGGAGAACUACGGACAUCUACAGUCACUGGGAGCCGGGCAUCCGAAGCCCCACUGUAUCCGCAAACUGCAGAAGGGGGAAGGUCCGUGGAUCCCCGAACCUCCAUCUCACCCCAAGUGGACUUUCCCCGAAGAGGCCUGGACAGAAGAAAUCAGGGAAGAGCAAACGCCCAGGAGAGUGUUGACAGAAUCCCAGAGAAACGAUUCCCACCAUCAAAAGGGAAGAUCCCUGGAAAAUCAGUGGGGAUCUUGGAGGAAGCAAGACCCUCCGGUAGAGAGGAGGGGGCCGCAGAAGCCAGUACCCACCGGAGAGGAGCCCUUUGAACGCCUGGAGCGUGGGAUUCAAGAAAAUGGCGCCAAGCUCACCGGAGAGAAGCACUUUAAGUGUGGAGUGUGUGCCAGGAACUUCAAACGGAAGAAAUGCCUCAACUCCCAUAUGCGGUUGCAUACCGGAGAGGGACUCUUCCAAUGUCCGGAGUGCCGGAAGAGGUUGAGGAGCAAAGGAUGUCUUCUAGUGCAUAUGCGGGUGCACACGGGAGAGAAGCCCUACGAAUGUCUCAAGUGCAGGAAGGCCUUCAGGGAGAAGUACAGUCUGAUGCUGCAUGAGAGGAUUCACAUAGACGUCAAACCCUGUGUAUGUCUCCAGUGUGAGAGUAGAUUCAGAGAUAAGAAAAGUCUCACUAGCCACAUGAGAGUCCACACUGAUGAAACCCCCUUCCAGUGCCCGGAGUGCCGGAAGAACUUCAAGAGCAAAGGAAAUCUUAAGCGGCAUAUGCGAAUGCACACGGGAGAGAAGCCCUUUGAAUGUCUCGCGUGUGGGAAGGCCUUCAGCCGUAAGAACAGUCUGAUGCUGCAUGAGAGGAUUCACACGGGCGUCAAACCCUUUCUCUGUCCCCAGUGUGGUAAAUAUUUCAGAGAGAAGAGUUGUCUCAAUGCCCACCUGAGAGUCCACACUGGAGAAAGACCCUUUCAAUGUCUGGAGUGCCCGAAGAACUUCAAGACAAAAGGACAACUUAACACGCAUCAGCGAGUGCACACGGGAGUGAAGCCCUUUAAAUGUCUCCAGUGUGAGAGGGCCUUCAACGAUAAGAGCAAUCUAGUGGUGCACGAAAGGGUUCACACGGGCGUCAAACCCUUUGCCUGUCCCCGCUGUGAGAAGAGCUUCAGCUUCAAAUACCAGUUGGUGGCCCACAUGACAAUUCACACAGGAGAGGAGCCCAAUGAAAGCGGUGACUGAAAACUCCUAGCCCGACAGGGAGUCUACCAGCCCACAAGAGAAUCCAAAACAGGGAAAGAUCUUGGUCCUGGGAGCAGCCAGGAUGCUCCGUCGCUGAAAUUGGGAUGGGGGUGCCUGACUUUGUGAUUGAUUCCCUCUUGCCCCUGCCUCUUUGCCGUCUUGCAAGGAAAGUUGUUUUUAGCAUGGCCAAAACUUCCGUUGGCUUGUUCUCUUUCUUAAAGCUGUUCAUAAAAUAUCUCUCUGGGUCA